AAGUUGUAUCAGGGUCAUUGAAUUCAUCCAUGUUGUCUUGUUUACCUGAAAUAAGAUGGAACUCUGGCACAUUUAAUCAAAACUUUGUUGGAACUGGAAAACUCCUGAAACGUUGCCGCUAAAUAUCAUCUGAAUUUGUGUGUGUAAACAAUGGAACAACUACAGCAACCACAAGGCAUACCACACUUAGUGCAAGUUUACCAGCCAUCUGUAUCCAACACAAAGUUAUCAAACCCUCAGAUCAUACACAUCUCCCACCCAUCAUUACCAACGUCACAAGGAAAAGUCACAUUCCAGCAAACAAUAACAUCAGAAUCAAUUCAUAUACCGGUAACAUCUCACCAUGUCACUGAAAUACAGAGCCAGAUACAAAUGUCACAGAACCAGAUUGUCAUGUCAUGUCAGCAAGGUCUGCAGAGUAUCCAGACUCUGCAGGGUCCAGUCCAGUCUCAUGUACUGCAGAGCGACAUGACCCAGUCUCUGCAGAUUGCUUCGCAUAUGAUUCUGCCACAGCACAUGUUGGCUGGUGUGCAGUCGUAUUACAGGCAUUAUGAGUACCCUAAAGAACAGUGUGUACUUGCUAAGCUGGAACCUGAGAUGCAAAUACCUGAGAAGGAGAAUGAGUGUGAGACAGAUCCAUCUCAAAUUGAACCUGAGCCUCAAAAGAAGAGGUCUCGCAGCCAAAUCCCAGAUCCCACAACAUGGGCCUGUAAUGUUCGUAAGCUAAAGCACCAACGCGGUGAGGCCUACAUUAGCAGACGAGGCAAGUUUGUGCCUGAGAGACAAAUACGUAACACAAAAGACUGUGUCAAAAACUGCAAAUUCAAAUGCAAUGAAAAAGUGUCAGAUGAUGAUCGGGAACACAUCUUCAAAGCAUUCUACUCCCUUAAUGCUAAUGAAAAGAAAUAUUUUCUACUAAACACUACUGAAAGAUCUUACAUCAAACACAAUAAAAUGGUGAAUAACCAUAAACGGAAAUAUACUUUCAAAUAUUUCUUUCAUGUAAAGUCUGAUAGGCAUACGGUUUGCAAGAAUUUUUAUUUAGGAACUCUAGCUAUAUCACAGAAGCCUGUUUAUAAUGUUCAUAUGGGUAAAACGGACUUGAAUAUGCCAAAGCCUGAUGGUAGAGGGCAUUCUAAAGCCAGCACUCAUUCUCUCCCUUCAGAGUCCAAAGACAGAGUAAGAAAGCACAUACAGUCUUACACAACUAUUGAAUCAAAACCGGUUAUACAUUUCUCAAAGAAAAAGCAGUACUUAGAUCCUAGUUUAAGCGUCAAACACAUGUACAAUAUAUAUUUUAGUGAAUGUAAUAAAGAGAAUAUAGUGCCUGUAAAGGAAUCUAUGUACAGGAAAAUAUUUCGGCAAGAGUUUAACUUACAUUUUAGGAAGAUUAAGACUGAACAGACGUUGUGUGGUCGAUGUAAGAGUACUAUUAAGAAAAAAUGAUGGAGAAUAGGAAUCAUCAUUCAAUGGAAAAGACUGUCUAGCUCAAGCCAGAUUUGGAAGAAUGUUAAAUGAGUGUGGUCAGUCUAAUUGGUGAUCACAGUUACGAUGUGGCAGAUGAGAAAACAAUAAUGCAGAUGCAAAUAAUUUUAAUAAGUUAAAAGUAACUUAUUUACGUCAUUUUUGUUGGCCAAUCCUGGCAGCUUGUCAUGACAGCAAACAGCUUACAGCUUGCCGACGCCGACAGACUGAAAAAGAUGUGGCAAAGUUGGAGAUAAAGACGAGAGUUAAGGAAGAAGUAAAUAAAAGUUUGGAAGAACGAAAUGAUCAACUGUGCAAAAAUCAAGGAUUUUUUAAAAUAAUUCUAUUUAGUCGGCUUUCUUGAGUCUUUAAAAUUUCGCGAUUUAUACACAUAUUUAAAAAAACCUGUACUGAAACGCGAUACUUUCCCAACUACUUUUUUCAGAUGUUUUAUUUUCACAACGUUGUAGUCGGAUUGCACCAACCGUGGUCACUCUCUCUUCUGGAGAUGGUUCUGCACCAAUAGUGAGUGAGAAAGGGUAUUUGGAUGAGAGUUCAUUUUUCCUUGUAUCUGUUCAGGUACUGCUUCGUUUCUUCAAGGAUAGUUGGGAUUUCCAGGUAUUCAUGGAUUUCUGAGUUCUUUAUAGGAGAUCUUGAUAUGUUCCUCAUGCAUGGAACAGUUUUCCUGAUUAAACAGCUUCUAUUACUAAAGGGUAGGCUGGAUAGUCAGUAUUUUUUUUGUUCGAUGUUCUUAGUGAAAAGACAACAAUUGGCCUAACUUUGUUUAAAUCCCAUGUCUAUCAGUAUGCCUUUGACUUCUGUUAACUUUCCAUUUAGGAAUGCAACCGCAACAUCAAAUUGUAGAAGAUGUAGCUUUUCCUGAACACUAACACUUAAAAGUGCACGUAUUGUAGAAAGUCUUGCUACGGGGCUAAAAGUCUGGUCCUAAUCCAGCUCUUAAGCUUUAAGCCUUUCACAACUAACCUCGCCCUAUAUUUGUCACUAGAACCAUACGGAUUUUAUUAGAUCCUAAAUAUCCAUAUGCAGGGUAGUGUCUUUCUAUUGGGCGGUAGUUCGUAAAGACUCCAUACUUUAUUUUCCUGAAGCAAAUUCACUUGUUACUCUUCCCAAGGCUAUUUAGAACGUGGAAGUAACAUUCUUCCUCUUCUGAACAAGAGUAAAUCAUCAGCGUUGUUUUGUAGUUGCUGGACUGACGUAGUCUGUGUAGGUUUCUUUUUCACUGCUUGCAGUUUUUAAUGCAGUGUCUUUUUUCGGAGCAGUACCUAAAUUUCAAGUUCUCGUCUCUACAUUUAAAUUUAAGGUGCACCUUAGAUAUAGAGGCGAGUACUUCUUCGGUCUCCUCAUUAUGACCACCUAGUGCCCUCACGCACUCAUACGGCUGUACCUCUCUUGUUUGCUUAACAGCAUCUGGAUUGAUUUGAUUGAUUUGUUUUCUCAUUGAGAGAAUCUAAAAUUUUGCAGAUGAAGAACAUUCUGGCAACUUCAUGUUAGGGUAAGUUUUCAAAUGCAUUUUUCAUUUUCCGUUUUCCUUUCACCAUUGAAAUGUUUUUUCAAGUUUGAUAUCAUACUGCAUGCACAUGCAUUGCACAUACUGCCAAAGAAUGGCAUGCAUAGUGUGUUUGUAUGCUCUGUCUACGGACUGACUAUCAAACAGUCGAUGAAGUUCUUUCCAUACUUCAUGUGCUGUUUCAAAAUGACUUUCGUAAGUCUCUUCAGUCAUAUUGCUCGUUAUUAUAAGUAGGGCGUUACUGUCUGCCUUCCUAUUCUACGUUAUAGGCCAUAAAGUGCACCAUCGCUUUUCCUAAAAUUGGUUUACGAAGUUUUCCUUUUGUUUUGGCGCCUUUUACGUCGCGUAGCGUGAUGGAAACUUUAUAUUUCCAUGUAGCCCUUUUACAAGCCAUUUUUUUCAAAUUUUUGCUUCUUUUGAGCGUACCGAUCUGAAUCGGUAAAAUUUUCCAUCUUGACGGGAAAGAUUUGAUUUGAAAGAUUGAUUGAAGAAAAUGCCUGACGCAUACACACCGCCGCGGGGAGACGGUGAGGUUAUGUGGGGCUUGCACCCACUAAAAACCUCAGCUUUUGUGCCUUCUUCUGUCUUUUAGAGAGGGGCCACGAGGACCCCUCGGCAGUGGCUGGUCGCUUCCAUCUACUGGCGAUCCAUCUCAGCAGCAGCUCGUGCAAUGCAGGUAGCAGGAGUUCCCCGGUCUGCUACCCACUGGCUGCUGCUAGGGCGGCAUCUGACCGGCGUAACGCGUCCGACGCCUGCCCACCCUCCGGCGACGAAUUGGGUCCGCAAGAGCGUCUGUCUCACGGACCCGCUCCGCCGCCUCCUUCUGCGAUAUAACUUGUUCACAGAAGGUAUCUACGGCUUUCCAGCCGGCCUCGCUGCCGAUCAUCACCUUCACCAAAUUCGUCAACGAGAAAUCCUGCCCAGUAUAUGCCGCCAACGCAUUGCGCUGCUCGUCCCAGGCGGGACACAGCUCAAUGGUGUGCUGCGCUGUAUCUGUGCUACUACCGCACUGGUGGCACACGGGAGUAGGUUCCCGUCUAGCAACUUUAUGCAGGUAGUAGCUGAAGCACCCAUGGUUUGUCAGAAUUUAUGUGGUGCGGAAAGACAGCACUCCGUAUCUUCUUCCCACCCACUCUUCCAGAAUUGGCCCUAUUGCCGCCGCAGUCCAAUGGCCAGCAGUAGGCGCCGCCAGUCUCUCCUUCCACUCGGAAAGGACAUCCUCCUGUGCCUGCUCGCGCCAUCUUCUGACAAGCUCGGGCGAAGGACGGUCGCCGCUCGAGCGAGCAUUAGCUCUCCGGAAAUAAAUCUCAGCGAACACUUAUGCCUCUAGAUCCCACGGUGGGGUUCCAGCCAGGGCGCAUGCGGCCUCUGCAGAAACGGUCUUAUAUCCGACUUUUCUUUAGCCUUAAACAACCUCGCCUUAUAUUUGUCACUAGAACCACAUGGAUUCCGUUUGAUCCUAAAUAUCCAUUUGCACGGUAGUGUCUUUCUUUCGGCCGUAGUUCGCAAAGACUCCAUACUUUAUUUUCCUGAAGUGAAUUCAUUUCAGUAUUUAACGCUUCAACUACUCUUCCCAAGGCUGUUUGGAUUGUGGAAAUAACAUUCUUACUCUCUUCUGAACAAGAGUAAAUCAUCAGCGUUAUGAUUUGUACUUGCUGCUUAGAGGAAGUCUGUGUAGGUUUCCUUGGUCUGCGAUCUUUGAUCCAUUGCUUGUUGAUCAGUUGUGCGGUCAGUGAUUCAAUGGUUCUCUCUUGUCUGCUUAACAGCAUCUGGAUUGAUUUGAUUGAUUUGUUUUCUCAUUGAGAGAAUCUAAAAUUUUGAGGAUGAAGAACCUUUCUGGCAAAUUUAUGCCAGGGCAAGUCUUCAAAAGCGUUUUUCAUUUUCCUUUUCACCAUUUAAAUGUUUUUUCAAGUUGCUGUCAUCAUAGUUGAUGCUUCUGAACUGUUUUUAAAGCUGAAGAAUUGCAUGCAUGGUGUGUCUUCGGACUGACCGUCGAACAGUCGAUGAAGUUCGUUCCAUACGUCAUGUGCUGUUUCAAAACGCAUGACUUUCGUAAGUCUCUUCAGUCAUAUUGCUCGUUAUUAUAAGUAGGGCGUUACUGUCUGCCUUCUAUGCUACGUUAUAGGCCAUAAGUGCACCAUCGCUUUUCCUAAAAUUGGUUUACGAAGUUUUCCUCCAGUUAUAGCGCCUUUUAUGCCGCGCAGCAUAAUGGAAACUUUAUUUCCAUGUAGCCCUUUUCCAAUCCAUUUUUCUCAUUUUCGCUUCUUUUGAGCUGACCGACCUGAAAUUUUCCAUCUUGACGGAAAAGAUUUCUCUCCGGCCUGAUGCAGAUGCGUCAAUUGUGGAAUAAAGAUCCUCAGCAGUCAGAUAGAUAAUAACAAGAGAGAGCUCAAUAAAUUUUAUUUUAUAUUUUCUUCACAUGCCUUUUUUUAGGGGGUUAGGGGGGACUCCUCAUGGACUUCCUCCGCCUGAGGAGAGGCGGAGGGGUGUGCCGGAGUCUUACCGGCUAAAACCUCCCUGUGCCCUCCUUGCACGUGGGCCCGGGGUCGCGGGUAUCCAAAUUCUUCCGCAGUCACAUGACAUAUCUGACACAACAAUCAGUCACGUAUUUAGAUUCAACGUUUUUUUUCUUCUACGAAUUUUCGUCUAUCAACAGACCAAUCGAACAUUAACCUUCCGCUGUUGUGAUAAGGAUGAAAAUCAUAGAUUGAGGUAGGUUGAUGUGCUGUCGUCUGUACCUAAUCUAAAGAAUUUGAACAAUAAUAAUUCAAGCAAUGUGAAAUAAUACUACAAGCUGUUGAUUUGCAUCUGCGCCAUAUUCAAAGACGUGAUUAUGCUAAUGAUUCUCGACGUAAAUCAACAAAAUAAUUGGUACGUAUUUUUUUUUUCGGAAUUCCGUCAAUGUCAUCUAGCCGUAUUUAAACUUGGCGCGUGUGUUACUGGCCUUAAAACCAUAGAUUUAAAAUAGGUUCGCGCCCUGCGCUUAGAAGAUACAUGAAGCGUGGGUGGGAGCGAGAGACUAAUCAAGUGCAAAUCACCCAAGAGAAAAAGAGACAGAAAAUGAAGUACCAAUAUGUCAACAUUUUCGCGAGUAAGAGGCA